AUGUCAGGCACCGCGGAGGGAAAGGGGCCCUUCCCUAUUAUAGUGGAAAUGGAAAAAUGGAUCUUGUACAAGAGACGAGAGUGGCACCGCGAGUAUAGUGCUGCCGAAUGGCAAAAGAUUCCUUAUGAUGUCAUGGGAGAUAAAGCCAUGAAGAGGAAACAGCCAAAGGAAAGAUUUCUCGAAGGAGGGAUGCAUUUGAACGCCCAUGCUACCAUUCGAACACUCCUUCAAAGUCAAAAGCAAAUCUGGCAAAUCAAACAAGGAGCCGUUUUGGAGGCGCAGCAUUUGAACGCCUCCUGUAGCGUUCGAACACCUCUACAGUGUCAACAACAUCCGACAAACAGCUUCCAGCAUGCAAACAAAGAGACAAAUUGCUUCGGUUGGGCUAUAAAAAUCCCUCUUGUUCUUCCAUUUUCUGCCCAUCUAGCAAAGUUUGGCAUUUACAUUGAGCAUUUGUAA